ACCGUGAUGGAACGACCGUAUAUUUUUGCACCGUGUGUGUUGUCCGUCGUGUUUCCGCCGUCGCUGGAUUAGCUGCCUUUUUUUUCUCGGCUACCUCGUCAAGUGCUGCUGCCGGUUUGGGUUGUUGUAAUCACUGUAUUGCCUCGCCUCACUUCUCACACACCCUUUUCACGACCGUCUUCACUAGACCGUGCGCCGUCGUCGUCAGUGUUGAUUCCCAUAAGUAAUCUGUAACACGGACGGGUUGCCGGAGGAGACGAUCCGUCGUCGUCGACGUCUUUGAACUGUGGAGGGUGUGUGUCUAGGGUGCGUGCGUGCUUGCGCGCUCUCAUAUGUGUGUGUGUCCGGUGCGGUGCGGGACCACAUGGGAGGCGGCGGAUGAAAAUCUAGUAACAGGCGUAAUAACACUGGUUUUUUUUCGGGCGGUUGCGGCGGCGGCUCGGAUGUCGUGUUCGUCCCUCUCUCCCUUGGACCAAGCAGGGAGUUCCGGAAUCGACGACGGGGUGCGAAUUUAAUUACCGAUAAUCCUUUUGGGUCGCAAUUGUUCUGUGACGGGGCCGCCGAACAGACUACUGGCUUGUUGUGCUCUCGAGAGUCGUCCUCUAACAAGGAAUUCGCGACUUAUCGCGUACAAGUGCCACCUUCCGAAAAAAGUGAUUGAGUUCUAAUUGGGUUUUGUACGGGGUAGAACUUUUGUGCUGAAACCCAAAAACGGAAUAUAGUGAACAGGGAUUAUUUUUUUGGGAGCUAUGCGUUGCUAGAAAACAAUGGCUACAAUUAUGUCCCAUCAGCUGCCAUUGAUUCCACUGCCGUUGAAGGCGACCACGGCAGUUGCUCUGGCCAAAACUACCGCCGGGUUGAUGAUGUCUGGGCUGCUAGGGAAGCAUCCGGGGGCGGAUAUCUACGAAAACGGAUCGAUGUCUUUGCCGACGGAUCGCAGCAGUCCGGAUAUGGUGAGCGAAGCUCGUUCCAGUCCGGAAUCGCUAAUGAUUAGCCAUAAGGAUCGUGACGAUGACCAGAUGAGUUGUUGUAGUGAAGACAGCGAACUUUCAGUAGGCCAGGAAGGGCUGGAAGAAAAUGAUAAAACUAUGAAUAGCGAUGAAAAACUUAGUAUUGCAAGUGCUAACUCACGGAUGGACAUUGAAAAGUUAAUCGAUAGACAUAGCAGUGUGGAUGCAGCGGAAGAUAUGAGCAACGAUUCUUCGAGAUACUCCAGCUCGAAGGACCUUCCGGAGGACUACCUAAAAAUUCCGGUUAUGAGACCGAGUCCCACAAGAUUGCAUGAAGAGUUCCUGAGGAACUCGCAGCUCUAUGCAGAGGAGUUGAUGCGGCAGCAGAUGCAAAUAGUAGCUGCAGCACGAGGAAUUAAUUUAAGUCCUAAACCCCUUGAGUCUACGCUAGGUCUUGUGUCAAGACUGCAAGACAAUCGUAGCCCCGGUAGACUCGGUCUACCGGAAGACCCCCAUAAGCUAGGAUUCCGGCCUCACAUCAGAGGAGUCGGUGAUCUCUACCCUGAUCAAAACCGAUGGUCAGACGAACGCUCCGUUCGCUCACCUCCUGAAACCUCUUCCUUUCGCGGGAUUCACUCUCACCUCAGUGCAAUAUCCCAAAUUACUCAAAACCUCAAUAGUGACAUCAGCAAACUCACGUCCCGAGCGAGUUUGACCUCCCGCGAAAGUUCUGAAUCCCCACCACAGGGACCAGCUCAUUUACUCCAGCUCCAGCACAACAUGGCCCUCAACGAUCAGAACCUUAAGUUCAGCAUAGACAACAUUCUGAAGGCGGAUUUCGGCCGCCGGAUUACCGAACCGCUAAGCCGCAGUGGGAAAAGUUACUCGAGAAAGCCGUCGGCAGCGUGCGGCGAAAAACCAUCUGCUGCCCCGAUCUCGUCGGCGGCGAUCGAUUUAACCGAAAAAGGUGGUGGCGGCAGUGUUGCCAGCCGCCAAUCUAGUUCUAGCAGUGCCAGUGGUAGUGAAGUUGAAGUGCCCAUGUCUCCGUCGCAAUCGUCCACCAGUUCCAGCAGCAAGGUUGCCACCGAAGGAACCUCCGGAACUGGUGGAAGUGGCGGAUCUUCGACCAGCAGUGGCAGCGGAGGACCGAUGGUGUGGCCAGCCUGGGUCUACUGUACCCGGUACAGCGAUCGUCCCAGUUCAGGUGAGUUCCGGGAAACGGAAAAUUGGGCCUCAAGAGACCGCGAUGAUGACGAACGCGAGGCAAUGACGAACUCGGAGAGAAGAGAAUUCCGCCUCGAGUACGAUUGGGGUUACGGGAAUGAGGGGGAAAGGAAGUUUCCGUUUGAAUUUCAAAACAACUGCAGAAGGGAAGACGAUUAG